GCUGGGGGGGGGGGGGGCAGGAAGCAAGGGGGGGCCCCCCCCAGCACUGCUUGCGCCUGCGGCACCAGGACCCGCUCCAGCAGCACCCAGCGAUGGCUGGAGCGCGGUGCCCGCCGGCCCCGCCGCUGCUGCUGGUGCUGGCAGGGCUGGCGGCAGCGGGGGAGCCGGUGGGGAGCCGCAGCGACCGGGUGGUAGGGGCCCUGCUGGGGCUGCUGCUGUGCCUGGCCGUGGGGCUGGCCCUGGCCUGGCGCCACCUCUGCCACCUCUCGGCCGGCCGCUACCACCCCCGGCCCAUGGGCCGCCGGGCCCUGGCGCUGCUGCGGAGCCGCUGGCACCAGCUGCAGGGGCGGGAGGGCCCCGCCGAAGCCCCCAGGGACAGGGACGAGGACACGGCCCCGCCGGACGAGGAGGAAGAACUGAUGCCGUGGGCCCAGCACCAGCGGCAGGAGGACGAGGAGGUGGAGGACGAGGAGGAGAAGGAGGAGAAGGAGGAUGAGGAGGAGGAGGAGGAGGAGGAGGAGGAGGAGGCUGCGGCACCGCUGGAGGCUGAGCAGAGCCCCCCGGGCGUGCCGCAGGCGCUGGGCGGCAGUGCCGAGGCGCUGCUCAGCGACAUGCACGCCUUCUCGGGGACGGCCGCCUGGGGGGAUGCGCGGCCCCAUGUCACCGCCCUCUGACGUCACCGCCCUCUGACGUCACCGCCCUCUGACGUCACCGCCCUCUGACGUCACCGCGCCCACCCCCAAGCACGCCCACCCCAAGCCCUGGCAGAGCCACGCGAUUGGCUGUGUGGGCCUGCCGCUGACCAAUAAAGAGACGUUGCCACUC